AAGAACAAGAAGAGCAAGAAGAAGCUCGAUCGUGAUUAAAGUUGCUGUAAUUUGCCAGACUUCAGACACCUUUACGGAGCUCAUGAUCUCCUGAUGAUGAAGAGGCCCCUCCGUCUUCAUCUAUGACGCACGCUCUCUGACGUCACUGCUUUCGGUUUUUGCGUGUGUCACGUGAUUCAGUGUUUUCAGUGUCUGAUACAGGAAUGGCAAGGAACGAAGAAAAACAGCUUGGGAGAUUAAAUCGAUUAUGGCUACAAAAAGAAAGAGAGGAAGGUCGCAUUAAAGAUGUGCACAGCUCAAGACCAAGACUUGUGACGUUAAAUUCUGUUGCAGCCGUGAAAAAAUGGAUUCCAAGCAUCAAGACUGAGAUUGAAUAUUACCUGGAGCAGUCCCAGUUGUCCCACUACCCAGAGAGGAAGAUAGCAGAGUUCCAGCAACAAAUUGAGCGACUGGAAAAAGAGUACAAGGCUUACCUUAACAAACUGCACUUUUUAGACCCCAGCUGUAAACACCGGCCUUGGAGUCCCAGGGCAUACACUAAGAGAAGGACAGACUCUAGAGGAGAUCAGUGCACUGCCAAAAGACGCUGUGACCCCGAUCCUGGCGUUCAGACCAGUUAUCAAGAAAGUUCUGCAACAGCUACUGCAAAUAAGCAGGAUACAUGUGACUCAUCACAACCGGGUCCAACACACUGCUCUGAUCUUCCAGACCAGGAUCUUCCACUCUCCUUUGACCACUCCAGGCUCGCAAUAGCAGUAGCUGGGUCUCGGGUGGCUUCCUCUGGACAGCAGAACGAAACAAACACUCUGGCAAAUGUUCUGCAUAACGGCCUCCCCAAUCUGCACAGCUCAGCUUUAACACAAAUUCCAGGACUGACAGAGAAAAAGCAGACAGAACCUUUCCCAUGCACUGAAAAAAAUGAAGACGCAGAACCUACUGAGCUUCAGAAUGAGUUUGCUGGUGUAACGUCUCUUCUGAAACACAUCACCAGUGUGAUGCAGGUGUGAUCAGGCUGGACCGGA